AAUUGUGGAUAUUAGAAUUACACAUUGUUUAACUAAAGAAAAACUCUAUAAAAGUAUACAAAAUCAAAUACUUAGUGAAUCGCGAUGUCUCAUGAACACAGAAGCUUUUAUAGAGAGAUCGAUCGCCGUGAUCGUGAUUGGGAUCGACAAGAGUUUAGGAGAAGACGCCGAAGAUCGAGGAGUCUGAGCAGGGACAAACGCCGCAGUCGGUCGCCCCGAAAAAAUGAUAAGGAUAUGUUAGACGAGAACAUACUUAGCGAAAUAUCUAAAUUACCUGAACCCAAUGAGUUGUGGGACAAUCAGUUUCAAGACGGCGGCUAUCCAGCCCCUCCGCCUCCAACGUUCACUCAAGAGACAAUGCCAAAUUCCUCAUAUAGCACAAACUAUUCAUCAUCUUACCCUGGGACAAUGUAUGAUGACUUCCCACCAGGAGCAUCCAUGCCAGGUGCCCCUCAUCCACCUGACAUGGGAGCAUGGAAUCAAAUGUCUCUUCCACCACCUCCAGGAUCUGCCCCAGUCAUAAAGGAACUGUCUAUUGAGGAGCAGAGCAAAAAAGAUGCCGCUAUCGAAACAGAAAUGCGGCAUCAAAAAGCAGCUCUAUCAAAACAAAGAGAAGAAUACAUAAAGAAGGCUGGUACACUUAAAAAAGAACUUGAUACGCUAAAGGACCAACGUAAUGAGCUUCGUGGAGAUUCUAAACGCUCUCCGAGCCCGGAUACUAAGAGGUUCUUGAAAGAGAACACUAAGUUACAGUUGGAGAUCCAGAACAAGUUGAAAACAAUAAACAAUGUGGUGGACAUGCUGAAUGGCAUCAUUGGCGAAGAAGCAAAUGUGAACACUAUUGAGAUGAAAGAGUCGCCUGAACGGACCUCCAAAAAAAAAUCCAGGUCUCCGUCGGGUGCGAAGUUCAACUACGUGUACUACGACCCCGAGAUGCACUGGUGCCGCGUGUGCAACGACUUCCCGCCCACCGCCAAGGACUACCUCAACCAUCUGCACUCUCCCGCGCACCACAAGAUGGCGUCGGCCCACAUGGAGGCUCCGUGGCACGGCGUCUCCGCCCACGAGGGCUUUCCGCCCAACCCCGCCGCGCCCACCAAGCGGACACCUAUCAAGGGCCUACAAUUCUUCGUGCCCUCCACGGCCUGGUACUGCAAGCUGUGCGAUCAGUUCAUAGGAGACCUGCACUGCGCGUCUGCCCAUCUCAAAUCCAUUGUGCACUCCAAGAACUAUGCUAACUUUGUCGAACAAAACCCUCACUGGGAAACGGACUGGAUGUCAGACCGACAGAAAGCCUUCGAGACGACCCGCGGCAAGCUGAAGGCGGAGCUCACCGACAAGUGCGUGUACACGGCGCAGACCAUCACCUUCAGCAAGGACGGCUUCCACUCCAAGAGGAACAAGGACAGCCCUCCGCUCGACGAGAAGAAGAGGAGGAAAGAGAAGCGGAAGAAGUCCAAGAGGAAACGGAACAGCAGCACCAGCUCCUCCAGCAACUCCACGGACUCGUCGGACAGCGAUUCCCAGAAGAAAAAGAAAAAGAAAAAGACAAAAGAAAGAUCGAAAGUGAAGUCGAAGGGUGAGGAGGAGGACGGCGCGCCCAGCCCCCCGCACCCCCGCGCCGCGCCCCCCGCCCUCCCGCCGCACUACCGGACAAAGAAGGAGCAGAGCGAGGAGCCUACGCGUUCCCCGGAGAGGCGCGGCGCCCCCCGCGAGCGCAACCCGGAACCGCCGCGCCGCGACACCGCGCGGCCGGAGCGGCGCCGCUCGCGGUCCCGGACUUCGCCCUCCAGGAGCUACAAGAAGCCCGACAUCAAGAAAAUGCCCUUUAUUGGAAAAAUGCCUCUGUAUAAAAACAUGAGUAGAAAUGUGAAGACCGACGAACAAAAGAAAGAAGAUCUAAAGAAGAAGGAAGAAGAGAGCGAAAUUAACAAAAAGAAAAGAGUGGAGAUGGAUGCUGAAAUACAAAAAAAGGUGGCAGAGUUCAAAGAGAAGAUAGCCAAGGCUCAGCUGGAGAGGGAGCAGCAGAGCCACCAGCGCCCAGAGCCCUUCAUGCUGCCGCUGCCCGCGCCCACGGUCAUGCCGCAGAUGCAACCGGGACAAAUCCCCGGCGCCCCGGGCAGCCUGCCGCGCGACCUGCAGGAGGCGCUGGACAUCAUAUUCCCGUCGGGCGAGGUGAUGGCGCCGCCGCCCUUCGUGCCCGCCUUCCCGCCGCUGCUCGUCAACCAGAUGUUCCCGCACUUCGACAUCAACGCCAUCUACCCCGCCAACCUGUACGAGCAGCCCCGGCCUCCGCAGCGCGUCGAGGCGCAGCCCGAGGCCAAGUUGCUGCCUAAACCUGACGGAACCAAGAAGAAGGAAGAGUUGGACGAGCUGGCGCUGCUGGGCAUGGACGCGUCGGACGUCGGCGCCGGCAUGUAGCCCUCGUGCAGCGCGCUGCUACAGAUCUUCCACGUUAAUAAAACAGUUAAAUGGUGUCCUUGGUCAUUUUCCUUCAGAUGUGUUUAAAUUUGUCAACGUAACGGCUUUAUUCUAAGAAGUGCUUAAACUGUGUAACGAAUGAGGAACGUGAUCAUUUUAGUUAAUGAAAUAAAAAUCAAAUCGAUGGUU